ACAACACUCAACACCCACGUAAUCAGUCUAGAAAAUGUCUAGUAUAGGUACUGGAUACGAUUUAUCUGCAUCAACUUAUUCACCAGAUGGUAGAAUAUUUCAGAUUGAGUACGCAAAUAAGGCAGUCGAGAACGCAGGCACCGUUAUUGGUAUAAGAGUAAAAGAUGGCGUUAUCCUCGCUGCUCAGAAGUUAUUGGACUCAAAACUCCUAGUACCGGGUACAGCAAAGCGUAUUUUAACAGCUGAUAUGCACAUUGGAUUGGCAUCAGCUGGAUUACGUGCAGAUGGAAAGCACCUUCAAACUAGAGCUAGAGAAGAAUGCAAGAAUUACCGUGAUAAUUACAUGUCACCAAUUCCAUUGAAGCAACUCUCAGAUAGAUUGGGAUCUUACUUAAACGCUUACACUCUAUACUCAUCAGUAAGACCAUUCGGUAUAUCCACACUUAUUUCUUCAUAUGAUAAGAAUGGUCCACAAUUAUACGCUAUCGAACCUUCUGGUUUGUAUUGGGGAUACCAAGCAACUGCAGUUGGUAAAGGAAAGCAAUUAGCCCAAACUGAAUUAGAGAAAUUGAAUUUCGAUGAAUUAUCAAUGCAUCAAGCUGUAUUUGAAGCAGCUAGAAUUAUUCACUUAAUUCAUGAUCCAACAAAAGACAAAGGAUUUGAGUUAGAAAUCAGUUGGGUUGGUAAGGAUUCGCAAUAUAAGCACGCUCAUGUACCUGCCCAACUCUACGAUGAAGCUAAUGAAUUUGGUAGAACGCAGGCUGAGUCAGGACGCAUGCAAGAGUAGAUGUAUUGUAAAAGUUAAGAAUUAUUCAUGAAAAAUUUCAUUAUGCGC